AGUUUGAGCGUGUCGUGAACUGUUUCCAGUCGGAACUAUUUUGGUAACGCGCAGGAGGAGCCGGCGCUGCGCCACAGCUGCAUCCGGUUGCACUCUUUUCAGAAGUUUGCUGCUGGAAGUUGUUUCCUUUCCCACUAAACUACCUCAGAAAAUAAAGCCGGUUAUACGUUAGACACCUUAACUUAACUACGGCGUAGCAUUUUAUGAAUAAUAAUUACUAUUUUAUGAUGAAUAGCUUCAUAAAGUAAGCUAGCAACAAAGAAGAGAUGGAUGAUGACAGAUGUGUGACACCAGCGUGUUAUCUGAUGGUUUAACGUCUUAUUUAACCACAGAUUGAAAAAUGGUGCCAUUAAAGAGAAGAAAAGUCGUCCCCUCAAAUGCUGUGACUGACUGCAGUGGAGAUGAAGUACCAACCAAGUUCCCUCAGGUUGUUUUAUUCCUGUUAGAAAGAAAAAUGGGAGCCAGUCGAAGAGCUUUCCUCUCUCAGCUCGGUCGAAAGAAAGGAUUUCAGGUGGAGGAGUUGUUCAGUAAAAGUGUCACACAUUUAAUUUCUGAGAACAACUCUGACGAUGAGGUCAGGGCGUGGCUGGACUCACAGGGCCGGACACCUGCUCACCUUCUGGACAUCAGCUGGUACACAGAGAGCAUGCGUGAAGGCCGUCCCGUUGAAAUACUGGACAGACAUAAACUACAGGAGCAGCAGAUCAAUGAAGCAGAGGUUGUGGUGUUCUCCGUCCCCAGCUACGCCUGUCAGAGAAGGACCACUCUGGACGACCACAACGCCAUCCUCACUGAUGCGUUGUCGCUCCUGGCUGAAAACGCUGAGCUCAGUGAGGACGAUGGACGAGGUGUCGCAUUUCGACGUGCCGCCGCCGUGUUGAAGGCUCUCCCCGAACGGGCGACGGACAUGACGCAGCUCAGAGGGCUUCCCUGUCUGGGAGAACACUCACUCAGCGUCAUCAAAGACAUUUUGGAGAAUGGAGCGUCAAGUGAAGUUGAAUCUACAAAGCAGUCCGAGCGGUAUAAAGCGCUGAAGGUUUUAACAGGUAUUUUUGGAGUUGGAGCAAAAACAGCAGACCGAUGGAUCAGAGAGGGGAUACACGGCCUUCGCCAGUUACAGGAUUCAGGACAAACGCUCAAUCGAGCGCAACAAGCAGGUCUGGAGCACUAUGAUGACCUCAACCAGCCGGUCACUAAGGCAGAAGCGGACGCCAUCGGUGAGAUUGUGGAGAGAGCUGUCGUUUCUGUGUUGCCAGGCGCACAGAUGACUCUGAUUGGAGGAUUCAGGAGAGGAAAGCUGACAGGCCACGAUGUUGACUUCCUGAUAACACACCCAGAGGAGGGCAGAGAGGUGGGGCUGAUGCCUAAAGUGGUCUCCAGGUUGGAAUCACAGGGUUUCCUGUUGUACCAGAAAACUACAAGAAACUCUUACCUGGAGUCUACGGACGGUCCUGCUCGGCCCGCCUCCAACAUCGACCGCUUUGAGAGGUGUUUCUCCAUCUUUAAACUGGCCAAGGAGGAGGAACCAGGAACAAAACAGCCAGAGACACUGACAGAAAAUGGCGUGCAGAUUCUCAACGCACCCGAGGACACGUGCAGACUUGGAGCCCACAUGCAGGCAGAUUCAAAUCCACAAUCACUUUCGCAUACUUCGAGUGAGGCUGGCGAACACAGCCGCCAUGCGUCUGGUAGAGAUGAAGAACCGGAGGUGGAGCAGACAAAACCUGCCGGACAUAAACCGUGGAGAGCUGUGAGAGUGGACCUGGUGGUCUCGCCGAUCAGCCAGUUUGCUUUUGCUCUGCUGGGCUGGACGGGAUCCAAGUUGUUCGAGAGAGAGCUACGACGUUGGGCGGGGCGCGAGAAGGCCAUGUCUCUGAGCAGCCAUGCUCUGUAUGAUAACAAACAGAGUAGGUAUCUGAGAGCGACGUCAGAGGAGGAGAUAUUUGCUCAUCUUGGUUUGGAGUACAUCCCACCAUCAGAGAGAAACGCCUGACUAGACCUGAGGAGCUCCUGCAGGAGGACCAAGCAAAGUCCCAUCUGAGGAUCUUAUAACUUGGAGGCAGGAAGGUUAACGUAGCCUCUGCUGUUCAGGCCGAAAACAGCCCUGCGUUUAAAAAAAUGCAAGUGAAAAUGCAAGACAACGCAAUAGGAUGCAGAAAUACUGAGUAACAAAUCCAAGACUUUGAAGGUUUAUAAUGUUUUAAAGUUUAUAAAACUAUGAGACACGAUUUUACAACUCUGGAAAGUUAUCAACAAUGAUUUUAUCUUUCGUCGCAACACUCGCGAGGUAAACAGUAGAAAUACAGCGUUCAUGUUACAAAAUAAUGUACCAGGAAUGUGCUCUUGCAUGUAUUUGGUUGGCCGCCGGAGCGGCUCGCUGGAUGACGUUUUUACAGGAUGAAAAGUUCAACUUUUUUGCCGGACGACCCUGCGUUUUGCCGGAGCAGUCUAAUACAACUGUCCUGCAAUAAAUCCUCCUUACAUGAAGGUUACAAUGUUCAGUUUUUUACUAUAGCAUUAUACAGGGAGGUGUUUCUGUUAUUUAGCCUAGCCUCAUUGAUAUAAAUGGGGUGGACAAAAUAAUAGAAACACGUGUCAGUGUGUCGAGACGGGUUUAGAGAGACUGUGGUCAUUUUGGAGGCUGCAGUUUGUGCUGCUGUUGAACUGUAUCGUGUUAUGCUGGCAGGCGUUUCUGUUAUUUUGCCAUUUAUAUCAAUGAGGAUACAGUUCAACAGCACCACAAACUUUUAUUUUAGUCACUAAGUCAAUAUUUUGCACAUUCCAGUCUCUUCAUUUUAAACACUGCAGCUAAUUUCACUUAAGAAUAGAUAUAUUUUACAUAUUUUUAAUGUAAAAUUCUAGAUUAUAUUUAUGAUUGCUUGACUUUUGCAGUACUUGUUUUUUCUGUUACUUUGUAUAUUUUGGCUGUUAUGCACGGCAACACCAAGGCAAACUCCAUAUAUGUGAAAACCUACUUGAUACUACUGUUAAUAAUACUAAUAAACCUGUUUCUGAUUUCAGAGCUACAGCCUCCAACAUGAUCACACAGCUGAAUCAACACCUCUCUGAAACAGUUUCACCAAAAACUGAACAUUAUAACCUUCAUGGAGGGACUAUUGUAUUCGACUGCAUUAGUUUUAGCUAGCUGUGCCUAAUAAACUGGCAACUGAGUGUAGGUAUCCUCAAUUAGAAAUUCAAAACUGAGAUAAUAAGUGCUGUGAUCUUGCUGCUACCUCUGUAACAUGUUUGUUUUUAUCUGCUGAACUCCAAUCUGGUCUUGCACUGCUUAUGUUUUACAAUAAAAGAUGUAUAGAUUGAGUCUUAAA